AUGGAUAACAUAGAACUUGACAUUCAUAAAGACGAUUCUGAAGACAUUGGUAUUUUAAACACAAAGAAACAUUUUUCUGCUUUACAAGAUGGUGAGAAAGAUGACAUCAAUUUUGACACUGUAAAAACGCCCGAUAUUAAAAUUGAAAGUGGGUCUGAAAACUUCUUCAAAAUGUUUCGUUUUUUUGAAACAAUAGACCAAAUUUUAUUGUUUUGGGGAUUAGUGGGGUCACUUCUUGUUGGGAUAUUAGACCCACUCGUAGUACUAAUUCUAGGAAACGUUUUUGAUGCUUUCAAUGUGACUGGGAGUGGUGGGGUAGAUGUAAAUACCCUUCCACUUACCGAGCAAUAUGCUAUGAAUAGACGUAUCUUUGAUUCAGUUUCAUCUUCUGUCAAUACUUUGGUACUUCGUUUGUUAUUUAUUUCACUAGGAUGUGCUGUUGGUCGAUUAAUAAGUCGAUUUUGUCUGUUCACUGUUUCUGAGCGACAAGGCAUUAAACUUCGUAAGCUGUAUAUGUCGUCUUUGAUACAUCAAGAUGCUGCUUUCUAUGACUUUCACGACUUUGGGAGUCUCACAUCAUCUAUUGCGACAGACGUCCAACUUAUUCAGGAAGGUUUCUCAUACAAACUUGGUCUUUUAAUAGAAGCCUUUGCGAUUCCAAUAACUGGUUUUGUCAUUGGAUUUAUAGAGUGUUGGGACUUGACUUUAGUGAUUCUCUCAUCCCUUCCUUUUGUGGUGUUAAGUACCUCAUUCAUUGGGUUUUCUGCUAAAAAGACGACGGAAAAGAGUCAAGUGUAUGACACCAAAGCAAGUUCCAUAGCCGAGUCGACGCUUGGCAAUAUUCGAACAGUUCAAGCCUUUGGACAAUAUCACAAUUUCUGUGAGAAUUACAAAGAAAACAUAUUCAAAGGACUCAAUUGGUGUAUUUUACGAGGAAAUUGUAUAGGGCUUGGGAUGGGCUUUUUUAUGUUUGUUAAUUUGUGUACUUUUGCACUCGGCCUCUUCUAUGGGACACUUGUGAUCAGUGGAAGAGGUGGUUCCCAUAAUGUAACGACUGGGCAGAUCUUUACUGUGUUUACUGUGGUCAUCAAGGCAACGAUGUCACUCUCAUCAAUUUCAACACCAAUUUCAGCAAUUUCUAUUGCAAGGGUUUCGGCUUUUAAGAUAUUCAAAAUGAUUGAUAGGAAGCCGGAUAUAGACGCAAACAACGUAAAUGGAUUUACCCCGACACAAUGUGACGGGACGAUUAAAUUUGAAGACGUCAAAUUUUCAUAUCCCAGUCGAAAAGAAGUGGACGUGCUGAAAGGAUUUGAACUCGAAAUUAACAAGGGAGAAAUAGUGGCGAUUGUGGGAGCGUCUGGGUGUGGGAAAAGCACUUUAAUUCAGUUGAUCCAACGCAAUUAUGAUGUCACGAAAGGGUCAAUUAAAGUCGAUGGACAAGACGUGAGAGAACUCAAUUUGAAAUGGCUCAGAGAACAAAUUGGGAUUGUUAAACAAGAGCCAAUUUUGUUUGAACUUUCUAUUAAAGAAAACAUCAUUUUGGGUGCAAAAGAGGGCGAUGAAAUUAAUGAGGAAGAAAUAGUGGAAGUAUGUAAGAGGGCUAAUUGCCACGACUUUAUCAGUGGGAUGCCAGAUGGGUAUGACACACUUGUUGGGGAAAGAGGAAGUCAGUUGUCUGGUGGACAAAAGCAGCGAAUUGCAAUUGCACGAGCACUUAUUAGAAACCCAAAAGUACUUCUACUCGACGAGGCGACAAGUGCACUUGACGCCGAGAGCGAAAGUGUCGUGCAAAAUGCACUUGAAAAUGCAGCAAAAGGAAGAACAACAAUUGUUGUUGCUCACAAACUGUCAACUAUCAAAAACGCAGACAAAAUCUGCGUGUUACAAGAUGGACAAAUUGUCGAAUGCGGUAAACACGACGAAUUGAUGACGCUGAAGGGAGUAUAUUACAACUUGGUCAGAAAACAAGUUAUAAAUGAAAUUUAA